UAAAAACCAAAAAGUGAAAACUCAUGUUAUAUAUUGAGAGAUAGAGUGGAUUAUAAAUAACAACACACUUAACACAUUCAACAAGUUGGCUUCCUGCGAUAGGAGCAGAAUAAAAACACUUCAAAAUGUAUGGAUUUGUAAAUUACGCUUUGGAAUUGUUGGUUCUCAAACAUUUUGGCGAAUCAAUAUGGGAACAAAUAAAGAACAAAGCCAUGGUGAGCAUGGAAGGUCAAUUUUUGGUCCGACAAAUUUAUGACGAUGAAAUAACCUAUAAUAUAAUUGGAGCUGCUGUAGAAAUUCUAAAUAUACCAGCCGAUGAUAUUCUCGAGCUAUUUGGCAAGACCUUUUUUGAAUUUUGCCAAGAUUCAGGAUAUGAUAAGAUCCUUCAGGUUCUGGGAGCUACGCCAAGAGAUUUUUUACAAAAUUUGGAUGCCUUACAUGAUCACUUGGGAACACUUUAUCCAGGUAUGCGAGCGCCCUCUUUCCGGUGUACGGAAAAAGAUGGAACUCUUCGACUUCAUUAUUAUUCGGAACGACCUGGUUUAGAACACAUUGUUAUUGGAAUCGUAAAGGCAGUUGCAUCGAAACUCCAUGGUGUUGAGGUUGAAAUUGAAAUUGUCAAGCGGAAGGGUGAUCCAAUCGAUGAGGAUGAAGAAAAAUUAAACACAACUCCUGCCCAGUUAGAGCAAACAGACCUGAGCAACGUCAACGAACGAACAAGUCCACCUACUCCCCCGUUAACUCCUGGGCCCUCAGUGUGCUCAAAUGACCAUCACCAGAACCAAAAUAUCUGCAGCAGAGAGCCAUCAGAUGAGGCGGAUGUGGCCAGGCAUAAUCAAUACCCUCAGUAUCAGCAGCAGCAAUCGUCGACGUUGACUGGAACUAGGAAUAAAUCGAAUCAUGAAAUCAUGUCAAAUGGUGCAUCAUGUCCUUUGUCGUCGUCCUCCGCCUACAACACUAGCUCCGACGAUAGUGCAGCUAGUAGCUGCAAUCUUAAUUCAAUUUGUACAAAUCAAGACCAACAAAAAACAUGCCCAGUCCUAAGCAAUAGAAAAUCUAGUGAUUCCCUGCAAUCGACAAAAGCUGACAGCCUUGAUGAUGCAGCCAAAAAGCAAAGCAAAACGGACCGUUUACGUUUGCUAAAAAAUAAAAGUGAUGACAUCGAAAGAUACGAUCACGUUCAAUUUCUCAUUCGAGAAGUAGCAACUGGUGGCUCCAAAUCAACCCAAUCUCAAGCCAUCGAUGAGAAAGAACCUCCCGAUGACAUGGAAUUUCUUUGUGAAGCACCACUCAUCUCACCUUCGACGUUUUGUAAGGUUUUCCCCUUUCAUCUGAUGUUCGAUAGGCAAAUGAAAAUAGUUCAAGCUGGCAAAUCUGUGUCAAGGGUCAUUCCAAGAGUUGCUGCCGAGAGUUGUUCUCUACUCGAAGUCCUCGAAGCCAUUCGACCGCACUUGCAACUUACGUUCGAGAACGUGCUUGCACACAUCAAUACAAUUUACGUGAUGCAGACGAGGCAAGGUGCCAUGGGCAAACACGAACGCUACCUAAGACUGAAAGGCCAAAUGAUGUACAUUCCAGAAUCGGACCGAAUCCUGUUUCAAUGUUAUCCCAGUGUAAUGAACCUUGACGAUUUAACGAAAAAGGGUCUAUACAUAUCAGACGUUCCAUUACACGAUGCUACAAGGGACUUGGUCCUUUUAUCCGAAAAAUUCGAGGCCGAAUACAAACUGACAAGGAAUUUAGAAAUGCUAACGGAUAAAUUGCAACAAACCUACAGGGAACUAGAAAGUGAAAAGCAAAAAACAGACAGGCUUUUAUAUUCUGUAUUACCAAAGUCAGUUGCAAACGAAUUACGACAUCAAAGACCAGUUGCACCGAAAAGAUACGACUCGGUUACGUUGAUGUUUUCAGGAAUUGUAGGAUUCGGACAAUAUUGCGCUGCAAAUACAGAUCCUGAAGGUGCUAUGAAAAUAGUGAAUAUGUUAAAUGAGCUUUAUACGCUAUUCGAUGCCUUAACUGAUUCUAAAAGGAAUCCAAAUAUUUACAAGGUUGAAACAGUUGGUGAUAAAUAUAUGGCUGUGUCGGGUCUGCCAGACCCUUGUGAGGACCAUGCAAAGUGUAUAGCACGUCUGGCACUGGACAUGAUGGACAUGGCUAAAAAUGUAAACAUGGGACCAAAUCCAAUGCAAAUAACAAUCGGAAUUCACUCAGGUGAAGUUGUAACAGGAGUAAUAGGCAAUCGUGUACCACGAUAUUGCUUAUUUGGCAACACUGUCAACUUAACAAGUCGAACAGAAACAACAGGUAUUGCUGGUAAAAUCAAUGUCAGUGAAGAAACAUACAAACGAAGAGUAUCAAUGCCAUCGGGUAACUGAUUAGUUGCUCGUAGUAGAUCACGGAUGCGAACUCUGAAAUGAGAUAAAAACAAGAACAACAACAAAAUUAAAAUUAAAACGAAAAAACAUAAAAAUAACUACAAGGCAGGGUGAAACAGAGACAGAGAAAGAAAAAAAAAAAACAUCUAAUUAAAACUAAUAAUUCAUUUUCCACAGGAGAAAGUAAAACUUUUCUCCCAAGGGCGCUUGUGAUAAAUAAUGAAAAAUCUUUUUUUUUUUCCUUUAACUUAUUUCCUACAUUUUUUUUUUGCUGCUGUUCGAGUAUAACGUUAACUUUGUUAAAGUCUCUUUGCCUUGACAUUAGUUUCCCAAGGUUACCCUCUAUAGUAUCGGUAGUAUAGUGACGAGAUGGGAAGGAGUCUAUAUAUCCCUCGCAUGAACACCCCCAACCUCAAAUAUACAACAAUAUUGAAUCUAGAUCAAUUAUACUAUACACACCAGCUGACUAUUAAUCAAAAUGCGAAGCAAGCAAUUUGUCAAAUGUCAUCCGGAUUGUGAUCAACAGGAUUUCCUUUCUUUUCCCUAUUUCUAUAGAAAACCACCCUGACUUGGCGCAUUAAAUUAAAUUUAUGCAUAUGCAAUGGAAAAUUAUGUUUUUAUGUGAUUAUAAAUGAGGUGAAUUGUGAGAGUAAUGGUGGGGAUAAUUGAUUGAUGGAAAAUUCUUUGAUUCACAUAAAUGGAUAUCUGAUGGAAAGUUCUAUGUUGUUCUAUUCCUUUGAACUUUAUAAUGACUUAAUUGAGUUUUGAAGAAGAAAAAAAUAAAACAAAUAAGAAUCCUUAUUAUUCAUCAGUCUUUACGCAU